AUGCAGGACAUCUUGGAUAAGCUAUUUUUGGAGCACUGCAAGACCAAACAUUUUGGGAAAGCAUUUGAGACUAUAGUCAAACCUGGAAACAAAGCAUAUGACGCAGAAGAUGGUGGUGGUAAAGCUGAGGAAAAUAGCACAUCCGGUGAUGUCCAAUUCAGUUUCUCCGGAAGCUGCUGA